AUGUCGACCAUCAGCGAGGCCAUCACCAAGGACCACCGCGAGCUCGAGCAGUACUACAACGAGAUCGUCAACUCGGCCGACGUCGACCACCAGCAGCGCUUCGGCAACCAGUUCACCUGGGAGCUGGCCCGUCAUUCCGUCGCCGAGGAGCUCAUAGUCUAUCCCGCCUUCGAGAAGUACAUGGGCGCCGAGGGUAAGGAGAAGGCCGAGCAUGACCGCGCGGAGCACCACAAGGUCAAGGAACACCUCAAGCGCUUCCAGAACAUGAGCCCCAAGGAUGCCAACUACGUCGCCGAGCUCAAGUCGCUCAUGUCCAUCCUGCAGCACCACAUCGAGGAGGAAGAGAAGGAUGACAUCCCGGCCCUCGAGAAGGCCCUGAGCAGCGGCAACGACACAGGUGCCUCAGAGCAGAUGGCCAAGAGCUUUGGGAGGACCAAGGCCUUCGUUCCGUCGCGGAGCCAUCCGAGCGCUGGCGAACACCCGCCGUUCGAGACCGUCAUGGGUUUGCUAACCGCACCCAUUGACCACAUCGCCGAUAUCUUCCGCAAGUUCCCGGACAAGACCGUCUCGCCAAAUCCGUCUACGAAGUAG